AUGGCGGACGUCACUAAGAAAGUGAGCGUGGCUGAACUGCGGAAGAGCGAGGAUGUGAAGCCUAUCAAGAAGACGCCGGUACAUUAUCCGUUCUGGUUUGGUGGAAGCGCAAGUUGUUUUGCGACUUUCUUUACGCAUCCGCUGGAUCUUGUCAAGGUCCGGUUACAAACACAAGCGACAUCUGGCGUACGAUUAAACAUGAUGCAAAUGUUUGGUCAUGUCAUAAAGGCUGAUGGGGCACUGGGGCUGUACAAAGGCAUAUCCGCAGCCCAACUUCGCCAAGGAACCUACAGCAUGACACGCUUCGGUGUCUACGAAGCCCUUAAAGACCGUAUGACGACCGCUGACUCGAAACCCUCGUUCCUGACACUAGUCGGCAUGGCCUCUAUAUCAGGCUUUCUCGGAGGCUUCGCCGGUAACCCAGGAGACAUUCUGAAUGUACGGAUGCAACAUGAUGCAGCAUUACCGAGAGAGAAGCGACGAGGAUACAAGAAUGCGAUCGACGGGAUAAUACGAAUGUCGCGGGAAGAAGGAGUAGCAAGUCUGUGGAAAGGCGUCUGGCCCAACUCGUCAAGAGCUGUGCUCAUGACUGUGGGUCAAUUAGCAACAUACGAUGGAUUUAAGCGCGUGUUGCUGAAUUACACGCCGCUGCAAGACAACCUCGCAACACACUUCACCGCAUCGUUCUUGGCAGGAUUCGUAGCUACGACGAUAUGCUCGCCGGUAGAUGUCAUCAAGACGAAAGUCAUGAGCUCUAGCGAGAACGUUGGGCUCAUAAAGACUGUUUCAGAUACUAUGAGAGCAGAAGGAUUCCGUUGGAUGUUCAAGGGCUGGGUACCGAGCUUCAUCCGUGUUGGACCCCACACCGUGCUCACGUUCUUGUUUUUGGAGCAACAUAAGAAGGUCUACCGGCAACUGAAGAAGCUUGAGUAG